AGAGGAGGAGCUCCCCGCCACCACGAAGAAAGUCGACAGCGAGCGCGAGCCACCACCCACAGCGUUGAGCGCAGCAGAAAGCUUUUCGAACCAUGGGCAUGACCAAGGUGGACACGAGCAUCGUCGCCGAGGGCAUGCGCGAGGAGAUCCGGCGCGACGUCCAGCUCGUGCCCGGCGUGCGGCCGCGGCUCGUGGGCUUCCUCUCGAACAAGGACCCGGCCGCGCGGAAGUACGCCGAGUGGACGGGCCGCGCGGCGACCAAGGACGGCAUCGAGUACGAGCUCCGCGAGGUCGAGGCCUGCGAGCUCGGCGCCGCGCUCCACGCCGCGAACAAGGACGAUACUGUGCACGGCAUCCUCAUCUACUACCCCGUCUUCGGGUUCCAGCCGUCGUUCUUCGGCGGGUCCAUGGACGACCAGCUCCGCGACGCGAUCUCGCCGCAGAAGGACGUCGAGGGCCUCUGCACGACCUACCGGCACAAUUUGUACCGCAACAUCCGGCGCGUGGACCGCUGGCGGCGGUCCAUCGUGCCCUGCACGCCCUUGGCGGUCGUCAAGUGCCUCGAGCACGUCGGCGUGCACAAGCGCGACGGCGGCGGCAUGGCCGGCGUCGUCUGCUCCGUCGUGAACCGCUCCGAGAUCGUCGGCCGGCCCCUGGCGGCCAUGCUCGCCAACGACGGCGCGACGGUCUACUCCAUCGACAUCGACUCGAUCUACGUCAUGCGCAAGGGCGAGAUGGCGCCGUGCAAGCUGAGCCCCGAGGAGGCCAUCAAGGCCUCCGACGUCGUCGUCCUCGGCGUGCCCUCGCCCAAGUACAAGCUCAAGGUCGCCACCCUCAAGAAGGGCGCCGUCGUCGUCAACGUCUCCGGCUUCAAGAAUUUGGACGACUCGGACGCGACGGACGACGACGUCUACACCUACAUCCCCCUCGUGGGCCGCGUCACCGUCGCCUGCCUCGAGCGGUCCCUCGUCUGCCUCUACAAGCAGUACCACGUGCCCAAGCUCCGCCUCAAGAAGGCCCUCAAGUGGCUCCCCGUCGCCCUCGCCGCCGCCGCCGCGCUCGGCGCGGUCGCCAUGAAGAAGCGCGCGUGAAGCGGGGAACCCAAGCUAACCCUGUGGUGUUC